AUGUACGCCUCGAAUAAUCAGUUGUAUCUGGGAUGCCUCCUAGCCCUGCAGGCUUGUACUGCGGCCGUGGGCGCCGCAGCCACGUCAGGCACCUUAGAAAUUGACUUAGUCUUCCCACGCAACAAGACAUAUGCGCCCUCUGCACUCAUGCCUGCUGUCCUUGCCAUUCAAAACCCCGCUCUCGCUUCAUCCCUCAACCUGGACCUAUACUACAUGAUUUCGCCGGUUGGCAAUUACAACAACAGUGUGCCAACGUUUCUCAACUUGAAUUGGGCCAACAUCUCGGACAGCGACCCUUACUUCGUAUACAAUAGUACCGAUCUUAACACCGAGGGUACAUGGGAGCUUCACUGGUUCCUGGGCAACGGGCAUUGCCGGGAUACCGAUGACGGGAUAUUCUAUGUUAUGAGCAACACCACGAUUGACAGCAUCAUUUUCACCACCAAGAACGGUUCCCCGGAGCCGGACCUCGCUACUGCUACCGAGGGAGACACCUGUGCUAAGGAAAUUGGCAUGUGGAGCGUCGAGAAUACAUUGAAAUCGACGAGCGAGAGCUGGGGCCAUGACACUUGCGCGGUCCUUUCGAAGCACUCGCCCACAUCUGCUUCGGACCCUUGUAGCGUCAAGCUAAAUUCCACCGCUGCCUCGAGUAUCUCGGCCGCUCUAACCGCCGCUGCAUGUGCUGCCCCGAAUUCGACUGUAAGCUGCGAGGCUGAUGAGAAUGCAGCGGGAGUAGUGCAAAUUUCCGGGGGAAUGGCAUGGCUAAUGGCGGUCUUCGGUGGGCUCACUUACAUUCUCGCAUGA